CAUCUGCUGGGCCAAUACUGAGAUCUUGUUCCCGUGACGACCAGUGGGCUGGAUCUUCAGUCAUCUCUUUUUCCGCCUUCCUCGGCAGCAAAUGUUCAUGGAGUCAACCGCUGGAGACUACUCGCAAAAGCACAGCCCAAAGUGUGAGGAAACAAGCGGCCGUUCAAAACACUUUUUUUUUUUUUUUGUGGCACUAAAAACAAACUGACGGAGCAAUCAAGUAAGAAGCUAAACAAGAAGGUCCUCACUUCAAGCGAGCACCCAUGCCGAUUCAGUUUGUGUUAUUCGUCACUGGUUAUGCGGCAUUUCAUCACCAAGCCAUCAAAUGACACUUUUCAGUCAAUCAUUCCCAUGUGGCUGUAUGACAUGGCUGGCCAAACACAAAUCCCCGCACUCACAGACAGGAUUCGCACGAUUGGUUCAAGUUCACAAUCUCAGUGUGUAGGGCGCUCCGAGCGCACAACUUUUCGUAUACGGCCACAGUGCGUCGGCUCGCCUUUCGCUUCCUGCAAGUGUCCAAUACUUGAUGUCCAUGUGGGGGAGGAGAAUUUGCUCACCGACUGGUCACGUGGUCUUGUGCACACAAUGCAAAAGCGAUGACAAACUGAACCGCGUGAAGUUUUAGUUUUAUUUUGAUGGUGUGCAACUCACAGAUGUUGCCGAAAUGCGCACGUUUUGUCAGACUUUUAUUUCUUUGACUUAUAAGCACGAGGUGGCUGCUUGCCUCUGAAGAAUGAAUGGUUGACAUCAACAUUCGCAAAACUCUUGUUUUCUUUUUUCUUGAGAUCGUGAAAAAAAAGUAAAAUAGAGAGAAUUGACAACAGUACAACACUAACAUUGUGAUAUUUUACACCCAACCCACGCACACGUGGUCAAUAAGGUGGAAAAUAUUAUUCAUCGGUUCUUAUUUUAGUCAUUGGAGGGGAAAAGACGAGCUGUUGUUGACGUUCGCUGAGCCCCGCCCCCGCCAUUUCCAGACUGCCAGCCGGUUGCUCGUAUCCUUCGUCCACUUGGCUCUCGUCGUCGGGGCUGAGGUGAUUCGCAACAAGCUCACUCGGGCUCCGAACGGCGCUCUCGUUUUACUUCCCCGUCGACCUUCGUCGCUCGUUAAAUUCGACUCCGCGCCUUACGGCGAGCAGGAAGGGGCGGGGGUCCCACGAUGGAGGAACUUCACGAUGUCCAGCUGACAGAAAUCAAACCCCUCCUGACGACUCAGAAUGGCAGAAACCUGCAGGACUUCAACUGUCAGGAGUAUGACGUGGAAACGACUCACUGCGCACUGCAUGUGACCGUGAGAGGCGUCGCUAAGGGCAACCGCCCCACCAUCCUCACCUACCACGACGUCGGACUCAACCAUAAGUCGUGCUUCAACAGCCUUUUUAACUACGAGGACAUGCAGGAAGUGACUCGGCACUUCUCGGUGAUGCACGUGGACGCUCCGGGACAACAGGAGAACGCCCCCGCCUUCCCCAACGGGUACCACUAUCCAUCGAUGGACGAGCUGGCCGCCAUGCUGCCGUCCGUCCUCACGCAGCUUCAGGUAACCAGCGUGAUCGGCAUUGGGGUCGGCGCCGGAGCGUACAUCCUCAGCAAGCUGGCUUUGAAUGAGCCCAGUCUGGUGGAAGGAUUAGUUCUGAUCAAUAUUGAUCCCUGCGCCAAGGGCUGGAUGGACUGGGCCGUAUCCAAGGUGAGCGGCUGGACCAGCAACCUGGUGGACCUCGUCAUGGCACACCACUUCAGCUCGGAUGAGUUAACAGAGAACAAAGAGCUCAUCCAGACUUACCGGCUUCACAUUUCUCAGGACAUUCCGCUGGACAACUUGGCGAUGUUUUACUGCAGCUACGACAGCCGGACCGAGUUGCAGAUGGAGCGCCCCGUGCCUGGUUUGAAUGAAGACGCAGUCAACACCCUCAGGUGUCCCGCCCUGCUGGUCGUCGGAGACGCUUCACCCGCCGUCGACGCUGUGGUGGAGUGUAAUUCCAGACUCAACCCAACUAAGAGCACCCUGCUCAAGAUGGCAGACUGUGGAGGACUUCCGCAAGUGGUGCAGCCUGGAAAACUGUCAGAGGCCUUCAAGUAUUUUGUGCAGGGGAUGGGCUACAUGCCCACAGCCGGCAUGACCCGCUUGGUUCGCUCCAGGACUCACUCGGCCUCCAGCGUGGGCACCGGCGACGGCGUCCGGACUCGCUCUUCCACCGGCACGCCGCCAGAGGGCGCCGCGCCCACCAGCCCCUAACGCCUCCGGCGUACCUCCGGCCAGGAAGGAAUUCUGGAGUUUCGCUGUCGUCGUUGACGUCUCUCUCUCUCCGAUUAGCCCAGCAAGUUCUCGGAAUGAAGCGGAGGCAAAGGCAAUCUUGACUUUCUUCCUCCCUCCGGCCCCGCGGUCACUGUGGCGAUGCUGAAGAUGGCGUUCACGUGAGGUGGUGGGGGGCUUUUUGUUGUUGUCGUUUUAUUUUCAUUCAGUGGCAGCUUGUUUUAGCGUAGCUUCAGUUUGAGGCCGAUUUAUUUAUUAUAUCUGAUUUUUAGUUCAGUGUUGUGAAUACCCAUGUGGAAUUGCUGUUUUUAAUCAUUCUUCUUUGCCACGAGCAAGUUGUCUUUGGGGGCCUCAACAUGGCCUAAAAAAAAAAAAAAAAUCACCAUUUUUACCGGGACCGGAUACGUCCUGAUGAAGGGCACUGCUUUUCACACUUGAUUGACUCUCGGACUGAGGUGUAUAUUUUCCAUUGGGGAAAAAAAAAAUGGACCAAGAUGUCAAAAAAGGAGGGCCCCAAUAUGAGUUUGACCGGGUGGAUGCUGUGGCCGUGGUUGAUCCUUUGCCCAAAACGUUUACGUCAGCUCACUUUUUUGAUCAAAUGAUUUUUGCUGUUCAGUUGCGUGAAGUGAUGCUCGCAUGGCUAAAAAUGGACAUGACAAUUUUUUUUCCCCUGCUUUUGAAAUGUUUCGGUCUUAUUUACCUGCUGCUUGUGGACUUUUUGGCAUGAAAACGGUCCAGUGCGGCGCCGUCUCGUAUCUCAGCCGUUGACGUGUAAAAGGAUUUUGGCAGACGAGGCUCACAAGUUCAUCGUGUGUGAGUGACGGUGGACAAAUUGGUGAUGUGUGAACACUUUGUAUGGAUUGGUUUCUGUUGUUUGCCAUUGUUUUCCCAACCUUUUAUUGAGUCUGUCUACAUAUUUUACCUAAAAAAAAAAAAAAAAUCAUUGCACGCCACCAAACUAAAUAAUCACACCAAGUGUACAUAAAUCCAAGACUAAUCAAUGAUGUACCUUCUGUCAUCCAGCGUGAAUCCCUCACCGGGAUAGGGCUCCGCAAAGAUUUUGUUUACCUGUCGUUGUGGUUGUGUCAAGCUCUUGGUUACAAAAUUAAGAAGAUUUGUACUUCAGUAUUUGAGCGAAAUAAAUAGUAAAAGUGGA